AUGAAAGAGCUGGGCUUGCGCCUGCGGCGACAAUGCUUCCCCAGCAAACUAAACGAUCUCGUGUGCCCAGAAGAGCCCCUCGGGCGUGCCAACAGUGCCGCUCCGCCAAAUGUCCGUUUCAGAGAGUUUAGGUAUCUAUUACAAAUCGAGCAACAAAUAGCAAGCGCAGCAAGAAACCCAGAUGACCCUACGCCCCCUCUUGUCCAAGAGAAAACGGUUAUUCAGCUAGAUCAAAGACCAACCACGCAGAAUGUCGAUGCUGCGUCUCCAUCUGUAGCUUGGAACAGGCCGGGAACCAGUUACCAACACAGUAACUCGAUAUCACAGAAUACCUCGCCAGCUGCAGACAGGCAAGAAGAUGUCAAUAAUGACCGCCCGGAUAAGAUCUUUUCUAGUAAUCCUUUAGUGAAAGAAGUAACUUAUCUAAGAGACCCAAAGGGUCGCUACCACUUCAUGGGACCUACCUCUACCUGGUCUUUCUUUCGCAGACUUGUUGCAUUAAUCGAACAUAAUGUUUCUCAGCCUACUGGUAGCCCAAGUGAUCCAUUCAACAACGAUGGGACCAUUUUCCGAAUCAGAUGGAACGCGGUACCUUCAGACCAACAUCCAAGGGUAGACCAGCUACCUCCAGUUGACUAUUCUAUCUUCAUUUUUCACACCGUCAAGUUUCGCCUUGGCUUAUACUCUCACAUAAUAGAUGAAGAAGGCUUUCUAGCGACGCUGGGGCAGUUUGAGACCAAUCCUCAGGAAAUUGCUCAUCGCAAUCGUCUAUGGUUUGCCGAAUAUCUUCUAAUUCUAGCCUUUGGAGAAUCAUAUACAACACAUGCUGAGACUACGCCCACGUCGACAGGAGCAAUUUAUGCGUCUCGCGCUAUGGCGGUGAUACCUGAGAUUGGCCAGCUCCACGAAGAAGGUCUACUGGCAAUCGAGGUAUUAGCUCUAGCGGCAUUAUGGUUUCAUUCUGUCGACAUGAGAGUCAGUGCCUAUCAAUAUAUCGGCCAAUCACUCCGUCUGAGCUAUGUUGAAGGGAUAUACAGGGAGCUGCCAGAUGCCACAUUCGGAUCCAAAUUUACGCUCCGAUGCAAAAGCCUCUGGUGGGGAGUUUACAUCCUUGAUAGACAGUUGUCAGCCCAAAUGGGGGCACCGAGUAAUAUUAAGGAUGAUGAGAUCACCAUGAGCCUUCCCUGGCACAACGAUGACAGCACAAUGGCGAUCAGUCUGACUCUUUGUAUCAAACUAUCUCGCCUCCUAGCCACCAUCACAUCUACUGUUUAUGCGGUUAACGAUGAGCUUGGGAGCUCAUUCAUACAAAAUACAAAAAUAGCAAUCAAAGGGCUUACAGAAGUUGCUCAAGAAAGCGACCAGAUCAUGACGCCCCGCAACCAAAACACAGCUCCUUCUCGAGUAGUGAGUUCAAUCACUCUCAUGUAUCAUCACUGUAUUAUGCAAGCAACAAAACCUUUGAUGAUGUGCCUUAUGAAAGAAUUCAUUGGGCCAUCAAACUUUGACUUGGAUCGAACAAUGAUUACACAGCCUGUGGAUUCGUUGAUCAAAACGGCAGUGGCCUCAGCCUUGACGAUCUUGAAAAUUCUCACAUCUUUGCAAAAGCAACACCUUAUUGAUUCUUUCUUACCUUUUGAGCUCGAAUAUGCCUUUUCCUCGGCCAUUUCUCUUUGCAUUCUGCAACUUGUUCUCCCAGAGUAUAUCACGGAAACGAGCUGGAAGAAAUUUGUUGAUAACUUGCUGGACUACAUGAUUGAUCAUGGAAGCGUUAUUGCGAGUACACGAAAGCACGAGCUUUAUUACCUCACCCGACUCCUUCAUGGGAUGCCUUGCCGUGACACAGGCCCUAUCUUGGAUAGCAACGUCUCAAUCUCAGGGAGUGUCCCGCCAACUUUGUCUCCUACCGAAGUUUCAGAGCCGGGAAGCUUCAUCAAUUCAGAGCAACAUCCUGCGACAAAUUGGGACCAAUACCUUGAUCUGAACACUAUAAGUCUUGAUCCUGAUCCUUUAUUCGAUCUCGCAAUGCAAUUUGGUAUAGAACCGUAA